CUAUAUGCAUUCCCACAUACCUGUUGCGAGUUGCUCCCAAAACAAACCAAAAACCAUGCAUUCGCUUGUCUCCACGGCGAGGAGCGUCGAUCCGGGGACACCCACGAGUUUCUCACAUUUGCUGGGAUCGAACAAUUGCGAAGCACCUCCCUCGUUUCCGGGAAGCCCGACCAAUUCGCAACAAGAACAAGAAGAAAAACAAACAUUCCGUCACCACACCCGGCAUCUGUCUCCGACAUCCACCAUGAAGUUCCCGGUCCACAUCCAAAAGAGAAAGGUCAUGGGUCCCAUCCAGAUAGCCGCCUUUGGGAAACAAGUCUCGGAGAACUCGAAUCCCAGGUUCUACGGAAUUCCGCGGCCCCCCGUGGCCAAGAGUUUAUCCUUCUCCUGCCGCAAACCGGUAUCCUUCGAAUCCAUCGUCACCGAGGCCCUCACCGAGGACUCGAUGAGCGAGUCGCCCUCCCUGUCCGAUGGCACCGCGGAGAGCUCGGGCGACACCGGAACCACCGGGGACAACGACGGCAACGACGCCUACGGGGCUUCCGAGGACGACACCGGUCCCUACGGUCCGCCGCCGCCGUCCCCCGCGCCCCCGUGCCCCGAGAGGAAGCGGACCAUCCGGUGGUCCGGAAAGAUCCGCGUCCUGGAGAUCCGCCACCUCAAGAACAUCCCCGACUUUGAAAAGCAGGCCGUCUGGAUGUCCGACCUGGACUACCGGAUCAUCAAGAACAAGGCCAAGAGAACGGUCUACCGGAUGAUGGCCGGGGAGUUCCCGGACCUCGACGAAGACGAGGACGGGGUGGGCACCGGAAGAGACAAAAGCAACAAAGACACCAAACACGACGGCAGCGAAAACGACGACGCCUCCUUUUGCACCCGGGGCCUCGAGUGCCGGACCAGGGACGGGGCCCGGAUCCGGGCCCGCAACAAGCUCCGGACCCGGGCCGCCGUCCUGGCCGAGCAGGAGUUCCAGCGGGAGGAGGGGGUUUCCGACCCCGAGUUCCUGGCCAUGGCGUCCAUGGACGAGUCGGCCUCCAGCCGGGAGGAGGCCCGCCGGAGGGCCGAGAUCGACGCGCACAUCGCCCGGUCCUACCAGCACCGCCAGCACCAGCACCAGCACCAGCAGGAGCAACACCACCGCGCCUCCGCCUCCCCACCGCCGGCCGGUCGGGCGGGAGGCGCCACCAGCGAGCGGGGAGGAAUCCCGGUGCGCGUCGUGUUGUUCUGAACGAAGCAACGAAGCAUGCUAGGGUUGACAACGCAAUUCUAACGAGUACGUACUUUUGUUUGCCAGAAACCACGCUCCCCAACGCUGUGCUUUUCUACACUACACUGCACUGCACUACACUACACUACUCUACACCAACACAGCACAAGACACAAGACACACUACAAGCGUACGGGUUGCAAUUAAGACGAACAGAGAAGAUCGAAUCUAAUAAUCAUAUUGUAUGUUA